UUGAAUGAAUUUCCAGAGAAAUUCUCUCAAAUCAUCCUCCCAGAUUUGCUUUAAAUACAGCCAACCUGUCUCACGUGCAUUUAUUUAAAGGCAAGAGGAAGCAAAGAUCUUUAGCGGUCAAUCUCACUGCUUAAAAUGAGGGCUAUUGGACUUGUUUUCCUUGUUGCAAGUGUCUGUAUUCAUUGUGCAACCCCAUCAAAACAAAACCUACGCAAAAAACGUGCCUGGAUUGUGAAUACACUGUCUAUGGAAGAGGAGCAAAGUGGUCCUUUCCCAUAUAAACUGGCAGAUCUAAGUAUUGAGAUGAAUGUUAUCAGGGAAUACUCCAUUCACGGACAGGGUAUUGACAGAGAUCCCAAGGGAAUUCUGUCUAUUGACAAGACUGACGGUUCUAUUUACGUUCAUGGGAAAGUCGAUUAUGAGGAAUACAAGAAAUUAACAAUCACAUUUGAAGCUGACAAAAACCCAGACUCUAAGCUUGCUGUGGAUAUUGAGAUUCUGGAUGUUAACGACCACGCACCUUUUUUUAAUAAUCCAGUUUAUGAAACCACAAUAGAUGAAUCAACACCACAAGGUGAGCAUGUGGUCAUAAUACUUGCAACUGAUUUUGACCGGGAUGGCUCGGCAAAUUCAUUGUUCACUUUCAGAAUUGUGUCAGUCACUCCCACUCCCUCCAACGCUGAGUUCUUCAUUCAACAAACUGAAGGAGAUACAACAGGGAAAAUAUAUUUCAAGGGUUGUCUUAAUUAUGAGGAGGCCCAAAAAUACACUAUUCUGGUUGAAGCGAAGGAUCAUGGGGAGAAGGUGCAACUCUCAAGCAUGAGUACAGUGAUAGUGAAUGUUAUCGACAAAAACAACCAUCUUCCAGAAUUUGUAGGUAAAACGACUUGUGAGAAGGUCAAAGAGGGACAGUAUGGAGAACUUGUUUGUCGGCUGCAGGUGACAGAUAAAGAUAGCACAGGAUCUGCAGCUUGGAGGGCCAAAUACUCUCUGCAAGGUGAACAAGCACAGCACUUCAAGAUAAAAACCGAUCCUUUGACCAAUGAUGGAGUCAUAACUGUCACCGAGCCACUGGAUUAUGAAGAAAGGUCCAGCUUGAAACUGACAGUCAGUGUGGAGAAUGAAGAGCCUUUCUUCUACUGUAGAGUCAACGGGCGUCCCAAAAAUGGACUGUGGAAUAUAGAAAACUCCAGAGGCAGGUCCAGUUCCACAUCGGUAUCUCUUCCAAUCAACGUUAUUGUGGAAGAUGUCAAUGACCCUCCGGUAUUCAUAGAGAACAUUAAACAUGUGAGUGUUAUGGAGAACAUGGAAAUUGGACACAGCCUGUGGAUGUUCAAAGCUGAGGACCAAGAUCACCAUAAUUCAAAUUCAGUAAUGUUCAUCAGAGGAGAAGAUGUAGAUAAUUGGGUAACUGUAGAUUCACAAACAGGUCUUGUAUCUACAGCUAAAGUUUUAGACCGGGAAUCACCCUACGUAAAGGGCAAUACUUACACUGUCGUCUUAUAUGCUGUUGAUAAUGGUACACCACCAAUGACUGGUACUGGGACUUUAAUUAUCCAUCUGAGAGAUGAGAAUGAUAAUUCACCAAUGCUAGAGGUAGACAAACAGUACAUGUGCUUUUCUGAGAGGGCCAUUGAGAUUACAGCUGUUGACCCUGACCUGCAUCCGUACAGCGCGCCAUUCCGCUUCGAGCUAAUGGGAGAUGUUGAUGGAAAAUGGAAGCUUAAUUCCAACUAUGGCACAACUGUGACAUUGUUCAAAGAGGGCAUUGUACAAGUGGGCAGUCAUGAACUCACCCUGAAGAUCUCUGACAGCCAGGGCCAGUUUUCUCUCCAGACCCUCUCAGUUCAUGUUUGUGAGUGUACCAUUACUGCAGAGUGUGUUGCAAUGCAGCUAAACGUCACUGCCAUCAUUGUCAUAGUCAUCAGCAUCUUAAUAUUACUGGGUAUCUUGCUGAUGGGUUGUCUGAUCAGACAUAAGCUGAAGAAACCUAGAAUGAUACAGCUGGAGGGAUCUUCACAAUCUCUUAUUCCAUACAACACAGAAGUCUGUGGAACUGACUGCACGAUACCAUUCAUUUACUCAGAUUGCAUGCUGACAAAGGCAUCUUCAAGUGAUGUCACUUUUUCUGAUUGCAUGUACACAGACAUUGGAAAUGUUAAGGGCUGUUCCGAUGAACAUGGUGUUUUUGAGCCCUGUCCAUACCUUGAGGCUGAUGUUCAGACUGAUGUCUUCUGUAAUCGAGACAGCAGCAUUACUUCAGUUAAACUCCAAGAGCCAGAGCUGGGAUUCAAUGGCUUUACAGCGAUUGCACUUCCAAACAUAAAAUAUAUGCCACUGAAUAUACUGUGAAAGAUGAAGGACACCAAAAGAUGAAAAUCUGCAACUUAAUGAAGGUCACAAUAAAGUGCUAUAGAUUCA